AUGGUUCAAGACGCUUUUAUAUGUUUGCUACAUUCAUUCAUGAAUAGGGAGCAAUCAGCCUGCAUUCGGUCGCGGAAGUCAGAUAAAGCUUUCGUGAUAUUUCUCCAAUAUAGCCAACUUCGACUUGGAACGGAAACUCCAAUGAGAUACACCUUAUUUGGAGAAAAUGAACCGGAGAUAUUCUGUGCCACGCAAUGGAUAUUUUUCGAGGCCAAGGUCCAUAAUUGGCAUGCCUCGAGAAUUGCUGUUCAUGAUCCUGUCACUGGAGCCCAGGAUGAUGAUGACCGUUAA